UCCCCUCUCCUCCUCCCUCUUCGCUCGAAGCACCAGUCUCAGCCUCCCCAGGGCGGUGACCGGACUCGGAACUUGGAGAUGCCAAAAAUCUAGGGUUUUGACGGCGCUGAGUCCUUCGGCGGAGGGAAGAGGCUCGGAUGGGGACAGUGAGGACGAGGAAGAAGAUGGAGGAGGAGGAGAAAUGGCGAAGGACGCAGCUCCGGAGAGAUGGGACGUGCUUGGGCUUGGGCAAGCUAUGGUGGAUUUUUCAGGUGUGGUUGAUGAAGCUUUUCUAGAGAGAGUUGGUAUAGAGAAGGGGACACGGAAACUUAUUAAACACGAGGAGAGAGGAAGGGUAUUGCGAGCGAUGGAUGGUCGCAAUUAUAAGGCAGCUGCUGGCGGAUCUCUCUCGAAUACUUUGGUAGCAUUAGCAAGAUUAGGUAGCCAGUCCAUCACCGGUCCAGGGUUAAAUGUUGCGAUGGCUGGAAGUGUUGGCAGUGAUCCACUGGGUGGCUUUUUCAGGGCAAAACUACAGCGGGCAAAUGUUGAUUUUCUCUCUAGACCUGUAAAGGAUGGGACAACUGGGACAGUUAUAGUUCUUACUACCCCAGAUGCACAGCGAACAAUGCUAGCUUACCAGGGCACUUCAUCAACUGUUGAUUAUGAUCCAUGUUUGGCAGGUGCAGUCUCAAAAACAAACAUACUUGUCGUAGAAGGAUACCUAUUUGAACUUCCUUAUACAAUUAAAACAUUAAUCCAAGCUUGUGAGGAUGCCCGCAGACAUGGUGCACUUGUUGCAGUUACUGCAUCAGAUGUAUCAUGCGUAGAAAGAUUUUACGAUAAUUUCUGGGAAGUAAUAGGCAACUACGCGGACAUACUCUUUGCCAACAGCAAUGAAGCCCGAGCUUUCUGCAACCUAUCGUCUACGGAUAGCCCUAUAUCAGCUGCAAGAUACCUGAGCCAUUUCGUGCCUCUAGUUUCAGUCACUGACGGUGUUCGAGGCUCAUACAUUGGUGUCAAGGGUGAAGCAAUUUAUGUACCUCCUUCUCCUUGUGUACCCGUAGAUACUUGCGGAGCCGGUGAUGCCUAUGCCUCUGGUAUUUUAUACGGCAUUCUUAGAGGGCAUUCAGAUUUGAAGAGCAUGGGUUUAUUGGCUUCUCGGGUCGCAGCUGUAGUUGUUGGUCAGCAAGGGACUAGGCUUAGGGUUCAAGAUGCUGGUAGAUUGGUUGAAUCUUUUGCUUUUUACCUUGAGAGCUCUGGCGUUGGCUCUGAUCAUGUUUCUAGCUUGUGAUAUGAUUCAAUACACUUUGAUUUAUAGCAUAAUGGGUAAACAUUGUACUCUAGAUUUGUAUGUUGUAUAUUUUUUUUAUAUGGAAGAAGAUUGCCAUUGUUUUCUU